CUGCUCACAACAAGUUCCAUCAACAUCACCGUGAAGACUUGGAGGAGCUCGUUGACAUGACAGCAUAUUUUGAUGGAGGACUUAAUGAGAUCCAUGGAGGGUGAACAAUUCUCAUAACAGACUCGAUUUGACUACUUUUCUGUUUGGGAUCAUGGAUGCUGAAUUCAAUGGAACAUUUAUAACUCUUGGUGGCUUUGUAGACGUGGACAAAUACAGAUAUCUGUACUUUGUCAUCUUUUUGACACUAUAUAUUCUCAUCCUCUGCACUAACUGCACCAUUAUAGGUCUGAUCUGGGUCCACAGGGACCUUCAUGAGCCUAUGUACAUUUUCAUUGCAGCUUUGUCACUAAAUUCUCUUUUGUUUAGCACUGCUAUCUACCCUAAACUCUGCAUUGACAUUUUAUCUCAAAAACAGACCAUUUUUUAUUCUGCUUGUCUGUUUCAAUAUUUUCUUUACUAUUCAUUUGCAGGAUCAGACUUCUUACUGUUGUCAGCCAUGGCUUAUGACAGGUGUGCAGAAGUCAGGAAAAAAGCGGCAGAGACAUGUUUACCUCACCUGAUGGUUUUAUUCAGCUUUGUUUGUUUAGUUUUAUUUGAUGUCAUCAUAGCUCGAUUGGAGUCAGACCUUCCAAAAAUUGUACGUUUAAUAAUGACUUUACAAAUAGUUGUGUAUAAUCCUCUGUUCAAUCCAAUCAUAUAUGGAGUGAAAAUGAAAGAAAUCUGGAAACACAUUAAGAGAUUGUUUUGUCGACUGGUGAACAAAAGAAUAUGAUCACUCAAGUGAUUCUUAGAAAAAGUCAUUCACAUCAUGGUGUUUAUAAGAUGUAUAUAUGGAAUAAAAAGGAAGCUUAACACCAUGUCUGGUGUUAUUUUAUUUCCUAAAUGUAGUGCUUUAUCAAUAUUAAGUUAAGUCAAUAUCCUGUGUUUGAUACAUUGUGUAAUGUUUAUAAUUUUCAACGUCCGUACUUACUUAUUUUUAAUGUAUCGAAA